UUCGUGACUGUUCAUGACAGUGCAUACAACGAUGGGGUGUGCGGAGCGCAUGAGUGGAAGAACGCGUUCGGUUUUCUGCCGAAGGGAGCAAGGAUGCCCGAGGAAUGUGCAGAACAGUUGUCCUGCGAGCAAAGUUAGCACAUAGACUGGUAUAAUUUGCCUUGACCAAGCCAAGGGUAUAAUGAUCCCCCUCAGAUGCGGUAUCAGGAAAUAGGUUGGCAGUAAUUGUGGGACAACAAUGAGUUCUUUGGCGAGAGUUCCAUAUUCAUAGAAUCCAAUUGUCAUACAACAGUUAAUGAAGUUUAUAAGUGAUCUCAAGGAAGUAUUUUAGAAUAUUUGAAGCAAUAUUUGAGGAACAUGGUGAGCACCAAGAACCACCCAGCUGGCCGAUCGUCCAGCUGCUUACGCAAAUAUCGGCUGCUCUUCACGUUCGGCGUAACUGUACUGUGUGUACAGAUUUAUCUAGCCCAUACAUUUUUCGGUCUGGACAAUGGCAGAGGUAAAUCCAGCCGGCUGUCAUCCGGAGAGGGUGAUUCUUCUCAACCUGAAGAGGGCUUGCCGAAAGGCUUACGUCAAUUGAAGCUUCCACCUGACAAACAGACAAAUACAAAUAAGCAAACUCUGCAAUCUCAACGAAAUCGCACCGCCAGAAUCAAGCUAGAUCGUAAAUCACUAAACUUUAUACCUGUGUGCGAGGUUACGGGCAGAGAAGCAGUGAGUGCCGUAACGCGUGCUCAAAGUCAAGCAUGCAAGCAACGCAUUGUCAAUGUGACGUGCCUUAGCCAGCAGGGUUUAUUGUACCCGGAAAGAGUACAGUCUUUGUGUCCUCAUUCUCCAGGUUUUACAGGCACGCCGACCAGCUUAGGCUGUUUCAAAGAUGAUAAGACAUUGAGAAUACUUUCUGGUUAUUAUCACAUUUUCAAAGGGAACAAUUCUCCGGAACACUGCGCUUACAUGUGUCUUCAAUCGGGAUAUCCAUACGCCGGUACAGAGUACUCUGUGGAAUGCUUCUGCGGGAUGGAGGAACCACUGUUUACAAAACGUUUACCAGACUCUAGCUGCAAUAUGAAAUGCUCCGGCAAUCCGAAGCAGUCGUGCGGCGGCUAUUUAACUGUCAAUGUGUAUUGGACUGGAAUUCAAAAGUUUAAACCUCAAGAGGCGAGAAACUCGAGUUUAAAGAACGAACAACCUGUGCGAAUAGCCUAUCUGCUAACGGUAAAUGGCAGGGCGAGUCGCCAGGUGAAGCGGCUUAUGAAUAUUUUGUAUCACCCCUCGCAUUUGUUUUAUAUCCACGUUGACGCAAGGCAGGAUUAUUUAUAUCGUGAAAUGUUGGAGGUGGAGAGAUCAUGUAAAUUGAACAAUAUUAAAAUAGCGAGAGGGGAGGGCUUGAGACACGCGAGUAUCUGGGGCGGUGCGAGUCUUCUAACUACUCUUCUGAAGUCGGCGCAACAGAUGCUCGCUCAUCAUAAUCACUGGGACUUUCUCGUGAACCUGUCGGAAUCCGACUUCCCAGUGAAAAGCAACAAUCAACUCGUCGAAUUUCUGAGUUGGAACAAGGGCAUGAACUUCGUGAAGUCUCACGGAAGAGAAGUUCAGCGUUUCAUAACGAAGCAAGGUUUAGAUAAAACAUUCGUCGAAUGCGAGGCACGCAUGUGGAGAAUCGGCGAUCGAAAAUUGCCAAAUGGUAUUCAAAUUGACGGUGGUAGCGAUUGGAUUGCUCUAAGUCGGGAUUUCGUCGAAUACGUUGCCAAUCCAAAUCCUGAUCUAUUAGUAGACAGUCUGUUAAAACUGUUCAAAUACACCUUGUUGCCGGCUGAAUCGUUCUUUCACACCGUUUUGAGAAACUCGAGAUUCUGCAACACCUAUAUAGACAAUAACUUGCACGUAACUAACUGGAAGAGAAAGUUGGGAUGCAAGUGUCAAUAUAAGGCGGUAGUGGACUGGUGUGGAUGCAGCCCGAACGAUUUUAAACUCGAGGAUUUUAAUCGGAUACGAAACACGGCGGAUCGCAAUUUAUUUUUCGCCCGAAAGUUCGAGCCCGUCAUCGAUCAGAGAAUCGUGGACAAGGUGGAGGAAUGGCUAUAUCCCGACAGAAUAAACAGAACAAUCAAAGCGUGGGGCUACGAUAUGUACUGGCAAAGCCUAUAUCAUCACGCGGACUUGAGUCCGCUACCUGACGACGCGUUACUGACGCUCUCGUAUUCCUUGGCGAGGCUGGCUUUCCGGAAACUGAAAAUGAACUAUAAAGAUAUUCACUUGUUAGAGAAUACCGCGUAUUUCCGAGAAGAUCGGUUCGCAGGCAUACUAAUUCUCGCAGAGAAUAAGGAUAAAUCCUUCGGUGUAUCUGCAUUACCCAGAGAUCGUGUGAGACGCGUAGAAGCUUUGGUUCACAUGCGACAUAACUUCUCCACGAAUAGAUAUUGGCUAGGAAAGAUACGGAGUCUCGCUGUCAGUACAGAUUACGAUCAAAAGGAGCAAACGUUUAGAAACCUGGCGGGCAGUAUGGGCCCGUACUCGAAUCCAGCGUUGGCUUAUGAAUUCGACACAGGUGUUGCGGUACCGCAAAAUAUAUCAGUCCUAUGGAUUGAUCCGCAGGGCCGUUUGGCCGAUAUUAAUCAUAUUCUGCUUGAGGAGAUGACUCUGGUAGGACACGUUAAACCGCAGCUCAACGAACAGUUAACCGUUGGUACCUGGCAGCUAUUGUUGGUUGCUGACACCCUGCUGGUGACGAAAUUAAAUUUUCUGGUGACCCCGUUGUCCUAUUGGAAGACGAAGGAGAUUGACCUGAAAAAGGCUAAAGAGAUAAUAGACGGUCCAAGCACCGUUUAUCAUGUUACAGAGGAAAUGAAUAAGAAAUGGUCGAAUUUAGUAAGAUUCGCGAUGCUGAACGAGCAGAAUAAACUCAUUGAUGCCGGCGAUGACAUCGAUGAUUCCAUAGACAAGCUAGUAUACGAGCAUUAUGACGUUGUCGAAAUAUGCGACGCCGACGACGAGAGAACCAAAACGAAGCUACAAAAGUGUACAGAGAUACAUUGGAGCUCUUUGAGCCCCGAUUCAAAGGCUGAAACUCGUAACCUAUGUCAAAACUACUAAUUAAUUAUUUUACCAACUACGUGCCAUUUUCGCCGUUUUGAAAUUUAUUGUACGUGUAUAAAGAUUACAAACGUCUUUAGAUAUUUUUAUAUCGACUAAACUGUAAAUAUAUAACGUAUUUAUAAAAAGAAGUAUUAUAUAUACAUAUGUA